GCUAGUCGCAAGAGGAGGAGGCUGCCCUGUGAAGAAGCUCUUAUUUAUAUAUCGCUUCUUCCGCUGGGGGGAAAAUGAUUCUGAAAUCCGGUGGUUUACUGCUUUCUCGCAUCCCUCUCGUUUCUUCCUCCUUCCGAACAAGUAAGAUUUGUAUGAGAAAAAUGAGCACUAAGAACACGCCUACACCUACACCUACACCAGUUUACCCUAAAUUCAUCCCAGUCGAACAGAAUCAAAUUACUUCCGUAAGCAAGUCUGAGGGCCUCAAAUUUCGAGUGGUUUCAUAUAACAUUCUGGCUCAGGUAUAUGUAAAAAGUUCUGUAUUCCCACACUCUCCAUCACCUUGUCUCAAGUGGAAAGCUCGUUCCCCAAUAAUUCUUGAUCUUCUUAAACAUCUUGAUACUGAUAUUUUAUGCUUACAGGAAUUAGAUGAGUAUGAUACCUUCUACAAAGAGAAAAUAGAGCAAAAUGAUUACUCAAGCAUCUACAUUAAAAGAAGUGGUAGGAAAUCAGACGGAUGUGGGAUUUUCUACAAGCACAACAAAUUGGAGUUGGUGAUAGAGGAAACAAUUGACUAUAAUGAGCUUGCUAACUUGCUUCUAGAUGAAGCUUCCCGUGUGGAACAAAAGGAGAAGGAUCUUGAUUCCAAAGAAAAAGGAGAUCCUAAUGAUCCAUAUGUCCGGUUGAAACGUGAUUGUGUUGGAAUUAUGGCUGCUUUCAAGUUUAAAAAAACCUUAUCAACAUUAUAUCAUUGUGGCAAACACACAUCUUUACUGGGAUCCAGAAUGGGCAGAUUAAUCAUUACUGGGGAUUUCAAUUCCAUUCCUGGAGACAAGGUGUACCAGUAUCUUGUUUCUAGUGGCUCAGUGGAAUGUUUAGAAGAUAAACCACCGAUUAAUUUAUCAAGUGUUUAUGCGUGCACAAGGGUUACCUUGAGCUUCCGGAAGCUGAGUCAGCGGAUGUAA